AUGACAGAGUAUUGUCGCCUCGAGAAGCUUCUUCCAUGGAAGACGAACUCAAGCAUUCAAGUGAAAGUUUAUCGAAGGAGAGAAACAGUGGACUCCGAGGGAAAUCCGGCCAUGGAUUUCAUUCUUGCUGAUAAAAAUAGGAUUCUUGGAGAGAAAUCGCAAAUGUUCAUGUUAGUGGCCGGAACUGGGAUCAACAUAGCCAACCACCAGUAUAUGAUUAGUCUAGAUGGACCAACUGUAGUCCGGCCGAUUCCAUCGCUCAGAGACAGUCACCUAUUUGAUUUCACCGAUUUCAGACAAGUGACAACCAGGGUUUUCGAUGCUGCUUAUCCCAUUAGGGAGAUUCUGGUCACAGGUGAAGGAGGGUUGGCUAGGUUCUUCUUCAAUCCAUGGAUCAAGGAGGCUGAAGUUAUGCGCCAUAGAUUGCUGAAUCCCGAGAUUGAAGAACCACCGGAGAACAUGUCAGCGGCUGGAUCCACUUCGCAUGCCAUUUGA